AUGGCUCUUGCUAUACGAUAUGUUGACAAAAGGGGGUUUUCGGUGGAGCGUAUUAUUGGACUUUCUCAUGUUACUCAAACAACAUCACUUGCUCUCCAACAAGCUAUUUAUCAUGUGCUUGAAGACCAUAACCUUAGCCCUUCACGAAUCCGUGGCCAAGGCUAUGAUGGAGCUAGCAAUAUGCAAGGGUAUUUGAAUGGAUUGAAAACUUUAGUGAUGGAAGAUUCUAGGUCUGCUCAUCAACUUCAAUUGACACUUGUCGCAGUUGCCAAAAAUCAUGAAGAUGUGGUAUGGCUUUUUGAGUGGAUGAGUGCUGUUCUGUCCACAGUGGGUAAUUCUUUUAAGAAUAGAGAUAUGCUUAGAGAAAUACAGGCCAAAGAAAUUGAAAAGGCACUUCAGAUGGGCGAAAUUGAAACUGGGAGAGGUUUGAAUCAGGAACUUGGACUUAAAAGGCCCGGUGAUACUAGAUGGGGUUCCCACUUCAGUUCUCUCAAGAAUAUGAUUGUGAUGUUUCCAUCAGUAAUUGAAGUUAUUGAUGACAAUGCACAAAAUUCUGGGAAGGCUCUUGAUAGGAUUAAAGCAAAAGGAGUUAUGGAUGGUAUUCAAACAUUUGACUUUGUUUUCAUGAUGCACUUGAUGAAGGUAAUCCUUGGUAUUACUAAUGAGCUGAAUGUCGCUUUGCAAAGGAAGGAUCAAGACAUUGUGAACGCUGUGUCAUUUCUCGUUACAACCAAAAGAAGGCUACAAGAAAUGAGAAACACGGGCUGGGAAGAUAUGAAUGCAAUGCAUAUUCCUCGGGGAUCAAUAUCAAAACGUAAAGCUCAAACUGAUGGCAUAUCAAAUAAGAAUUACUAUCAGCGAGUCAUGUAUGCUGUUAUCGAUCUAUUACGUGUAGAGUUAGAUGACCGCUUUAGUGAGAGCAGCACGACCUUGCUUCUUGGGAUGGCAUGUUUGGAUCCUUCUGAUUCAUUCUCUAACUAUGAAAAAGAUAAAGUACUAGCAAUGGCUCGGUUAUAUCCUGAUGAUUUUGACAGUGAAAGCAAGAUAGAAGAUCUUAGCAUCCAACUUGACAACUUCCUUGAAAAUGUUCGUGAUGAUUCAAGACUCUCCAAUUUGAAAGGGCCUGACAUCACAAGUUUUGGAAGCUGGCUCCGCCACUGGCGGCGGCGGUUCAGUUUGCUGUAG